UGUUUGGGCAGGUGCUCCUGAGAGAGCAGUGACCGGUGGGGAUCUCACGCUGGCAUUGCUCUGGCCACAGUGCCAGGUUUGGGAAAGUUUGCACUUUGUCUGAUGGAUUUUGGAGUGUGAAGUGUUAGCUGGUUGUGCAAGGACAGGGUGAGAAGAGGGAGCUGCAGAGGAAGGAGGAAGUUCCUCGUUCCGUGGAUGCCCCUCACUCACAGUGCCAGGCAGCGAGCUCUGGAAUGGCUUUAUGGAGCUCUGGGGUGCAGCUGAUCAAAACAAAGUGGGAACAGGUAGAGCACAUCGUGCAGCCCGGGAUCUGCCCUCUCUGGGAGUUGCCUCACGUGGAAGGAAUUGUUUGUGUGUUUGCCCUGCGCCAUGGGAACUCGGCUGGAUUGGGGCAGGUCGGGAGCUGCGGAUCCCGGCGAGUGACGCAGGUUUGGGAGCCGGUAACAGGGAGGGAGCUCUGUCCUGCCUGUGCCGUGGAUCCCAGGAGUGGCAGGAGCCGUGUGGUUGAUGCUGAGGUGAGCUGUGGCGCACCAGACCUCGAGUUUUAAUGGUUUUAUGUAGUUUUUUUUAAAAGACGGAUGGAUGGAUGAAUGACGAAAGAAGGGGGAGGGGAAAAUGGAGCUGUUUGGAACAAACUGAGAUUUUCCCGCCGCACCGCCUGGGCCAUGGGUGAGACAGAGCUGCUCAGCACCACUUCCACCCUUUGAUGUCUGCUGGGGUUGUAAAGGUGCUCCCUGAACACCCCCUUCCCAUUCACCUGCUGGGAAGUGGUUGCUGCAGAGAAGAUUUAAUGAAAUUCCUGUCGCUCCCCAACCGCCAAAUGGAUACUGAGCCCAUGGAAGGGCCUGGGGGGUCAGGAGAAAGGAGCAAGUAGGAAAACCCACAGUCUGCCAGACCUUCCCCUCCGCCCCCCUCGAAAGAAAGGAUUUACAGCUCAACCUUGCACCAGCUGUUCCUCGGCUUUAACAGACAAGAGAGAAAUAAAUAAAAUUAAACGGCCACCGCCAGCCAGCCCCAGAUCCCGGUGAAAUCAGGGAGAGUGUUUCCGUGACCCCUCCAGCGAGAGGAGGAGGAGGAGGCAGGGCAGCUCCGUGAGGAAGCUGGGAUUGCUUGGAGACCACCCCCUCCUCCCGUGCAGCACCGGGGGCUGUGGCACAGCAGAGGCGGAUUAAAAAGGAGCAGUGGCUUCCCUGAGGCUCCUGGAGUGGCUUUUUUGCAAGGAGUUUGCUGAUCCGGUGCUCUUCUCAGGGGGCUGGCCGGGUGGGGAGCGCCCUGCCUGAGCCUGGGGAAUUCCCUCCCUUCAGAGCCUGCCUGUUGGAGUUCUGCUCCCUGUGGGCUGCUGCCUGGACUGAGGCUCAGAAGGGCCAUCAGCAUUCCCACUCUAAAGGUUGUCCUAAACCCAAAUCCCCUUCUCUGUUGUGAAUUUUUAAUGUUUUUAACCUUCCUUCCCUGCACCCGUGAGCUCCCACAGGGCAGAGCUUAGAGUGGGCUCCUCUCCUGGGCCUCUUGCUCCAGACCCUUCUCCGGACUGUCCACCCCGGUUGGAACUCGCCCCAGGAGCAGGCGUGGGGGCAGGGUAGGGGUCAGCCCCUGUCCCCCUCCCCUUCUCAUCCUGCUCUGAGUCCCCUGGGGCCUGGGCUAUGCUGCGGGGCGGACCCCCCACCACAGCUCCAACAUGCCAGCAGCCUCUGGAAAGAGAUUCAAACCCAGCAAGUACGUCCCGGUCUCCGCUGCUGCCAUCUUCCUAGUGGGAGCCACCACCCUCUUCUUCGCCUUCACGUGCCCGGGGCUCAGUCUUUACGUGUCCCCAGUCAUCCCUGCCUACAAUGCCGUCGUCUUCCUCUUCGUGCUGGCCAACUUCAGCAUGGCCACCUUCAUGGACCCAGGCAUAUUCCCUCGAGCUGAGGAGGACGAGGACAAGGAGGACGAUUUCCGGGCCCCGCUGUACAAGACGGUGGAGAUCAAGGGCAUCCAGGUGCGCAUGAAGUGGUGCGCGACCUGCCGCUUCUACCGCCCGCCGCGCUGCUCCCACUGCAGCGUCUGCGACAACUGCGUGGAGGAGUUCGACCACCACUGCCCCUGGGUCAACAACUGCAUCGGGCGGCGCAACUACCGCUACUUCUUCCUCUUCCUGCUGUCGCUCACCACGCACAUCAUGGGCGUCUUCGGCUUCGGGCUGCUCUACGUCCUGUAUCAGGUGGAGGAGCUCUCCGGUGUCCGCAUGGCCGUCACGAUGGUGGUGAUGUGUGUGGCCGGGCUCUUCUUCAUUCCCGUCGCUGGCCUGACGGGCUUCCACGUGGUGCUCGUGGCCAGGGGCCGCACUACCAACGAACAGGUGACAGGCAAGUUCCGCGGGGGUGUCAACCCCUUCACCAACGGUUGCUGUAAGAAUGUCAGCCGGGUCCUCUGCAGCUCCCCAGCCCCCAGGUACCUCGGGCGCCCAAAGGCCGAGCAGACCGUGCUGGUGAGACCCCCGUUCCUGCGGCCUGAAGUGUCAGAUGGUCAGAUCACUGUCAAGAUCAUGGACAAUGGUAUCCAGACAGAGCUGAAAAGGACAAAGUCCAAGGGGAGCCUGGAGGUGACGGAGAGCCAGUCUGCUGAUGCCGAGCCACCACCCCCACCUAAGCCCGACCUCAGCCGCUACACGGGCCUGAGGACACACUUAACCCUGGCCACUACUGAGGACAGCAGCUUGCUAGGCAAGGACAGCCCCCCAACUCCCACCAUGUACAAGUACCGGCCCGGUUACAGCAGCAGCAGCAGCUCGGCGGCCCUGCCUCACUCCACCAGCGCCAAGCUGAGCCGAGUGAACAGCCUGAAGGAGCCCAACUCCAUCUGUGACAGCGGCCACAAGCCCAGCUACCGCUCGGAACCGAGCCUGGAACCCGAGAGCUUCCGCUCGCCCACCUUUGGCAAGAGCUUCCACUUUGACCCUCUCUCCAGUGGCUCCCGCUCCUCCAGCCUCAAGUCGGCCCAGGGCACGGGCUUUGAGACGGGCCACCUGCAGUCCAUCCGCUCGGAGGGCACCACCUCCACCUCCUACAAGAGCCUGGUGAACCAGACGCGCAACGGCAGCCUCUCGUACGACAGCCUGCUCACGCCCUCCGACAGCCCCGACUUCGAGUCGGUGCAGGCGGGCCCGGAGCCCGAGCCGCCGGUGGGCUACACCUCGCCCUUUCUGUCAGCCCGCAUCGCUCAGCAGCGAGAGACCGACCUGCACGGCCGCUUCGCCAGCGCUGCCUCCCCCAAGCACGCGGUGCCGCGCGAGCCCUCGCCCGUGCGCUAUGAC